GUUGAUGGCUUUUCUUGUCUCCGACUCUGUUCAACUCGGAAACACACUUGAUCAUAUUAUGAAUGCAAUCUCUUCAAAAAUUCCGACUGCAGUGCUGUCAUUGUUUGAUCAUGCAUUGCUCAAGUAAAAAAAUGCAAUUUUGUGGAGGUUAAGGUACAUUGUCUGUCAGAGCUCAUGCUGACGACCUGACCUCAGUUUUUAUCCGUGAUAUCAGUUUACACGGUACAUUACAACGUCGCAGUCAAGCUACUACAAUUUUUUCGACUUGCUUUUUCGUGUGCCACGUCCCCGGGACUGUCCAUUUGGUACAACCACCCAACUAUUCCUCUCAAUCAACUUCAAGUUCUUCGUUAUGCCACUGAGAUUCAUUCGUACGAAAAAGCUAGGGAUUGAUAUUGGCUCUUUACAAGUCGCGGUCACUACUACGGCUUUCGCCAGGGACCUCAUGGCAACCAUGCAGUUUCCUCCAGCUACUGCCGCUGUCUCAGUUUUGCUGCUCAUCUUGCAAACAAUCCAGAGUAUUCAAGUUAACAAGUCUGCUUGUGAUCGCUUGGCGCGUCGUGCUGCACAAAUACUAAUUGACAUCGAUGAACAAAUGCGUGGACGAUACCAUGAAGCUCCGGAGGCGCUUCUCAGGAAUUUGGACAGGUUUGAAAGCACCCUGAUCUCUAUCCAUCAGUUCAUGAAAAAGUUGGCCGAUUUAAAAUGGAGUGAUAGGUUCCUCCGUAAGUCGUCAAUCGACGACGCUCUGGUUGAGUACAUGCGCCAGCUUGACGAGGCGGCGCAGGCUUUUCAGCUUGCUACCCUGAUCAAUAUUCACCUUGCCGUGAGCUCACUGAAAAGAGAUACCGCUUCGAACGCAACUGCUGAAAGAGUCGUCGAUGCUCCGCCUCCGCCUGCUUAUCAUGAGGUUCUGAAUGAACCAGACUCAGUUGCUGUAGAGAUACGAAGCCCAGGGGUCGUUGAUGCAGCUGAGGUUAUGGUUGCUGAAUCCGAUUUUCCGGUGACAGCCUUGUCACCACUCGAAAAAAGACUUACAGACCACUAUCUCCCCGCAGAACUGUCAUCCCUGACCCUGGAGGAUGAUCAUGGGUUUCGACGAUAUCACCAGUCAGACGUUAUCUUACGUGGCCGGUCUCGAUUGCAGGGCGGAUGGUGGGCUGAUGCGAUGGAAGUCCAGGUACAAGGGCAACGAGCCUUAAUCAAGAAAUACGAUGAUGACAAGGACAAUGCAUAUUCUAAAUGGCUGCGAGACGUCAAGUUGCUGCAGAAUAUUCAUCACCCCAAUUUACCUCAGAUGCUUGGGUUCUCGGAUGAACGAACCCCGACUCCUUUUAUCUUGUUAGCGAAUGUUCAGACGCAGAGCCCUCAAGCUCUGGUUCGCGAAAUGCUACGCUCGUCAAGCCUAGGGACCUCGAUAGAGCUCUUGUUGCGUUUUUAUCGCGACCUUGCUGACACAGCGACAUACGUCCAGAGACAACUCAACCUGGAUGAGAACAAGGUUCAGGAUUUCAUCGAGGCAUCCUCGUUGCGAGUCGAUUCUCUCAAAACUCUUGUGGUUGGUCUGCCUCCUCCUCGGGAUGGCGAAUGGUAUACUGCACGAAACUACGGGUUAGCGCAUACAUUGCUAGAUGCAUGCUUGCGAAUGUUGCCGAACAACGGACGCGUCACAUACUCAUAUGAUAAAGGGGAAGAAUUUGUGACAGAAGAAAUGCAAAAGAAAAUCAACCACCUCGUCACUUUGGCACGAGCCUUGCUUCCCAGCGGCAGGCAGUCCCCUGUACUCCCAACACAGUUAGAAGCAUUAAUCGAAGAAACGGAGUUUGAGACCCCUUCGCUGACUCUGCAACAAAUACGGAACCUCAGUUGGACUGCUGAAGGCGCUCAUGACCAUACAUGGUAUGAGAGGAACGUGCCAGCUGAUAAGUUUUCUGUCGGUGACAUCGGCUACAUUCCGGUUGGGGGAGACUUUGGAUCCUUCGUUCUUCUCGGCAACGUCAUCAAAGACGGAAAAGCUGGGCUGAGCCUAUCUCAACGGUCGCACGGCGAGCACUGGUGCUGGGAGCAUGUCCCGAUUCAGAGACAACCUCUCCAAGCCUACGAAUUGCCUGAAGCUGUUGCAGGAUGGCCCGUCGUAGUGCCUGCAUACAGUCAGAUUGAUGUCGCGGUGGUGCAUGAGGCCCAUCUUUCUUGUGUCAAGGAUGCAUGGCAAUAUCUAUUGAAGAACGGCAAAGGUCACGCAGCCAAUGAUAGCAUUAGGCCGGAGGAUCUGAUUCUUGUGACCCAUGUUGGAACCCAUCAAGAUUUCUAUGUCAGGGAUUUUCGAUCAAAACCGUUGAUGCUUCAGACACAUGGAGCAAAUCUCCGGUUUACUUCGAAUCAGUCCCAUCACCAAAAUAGGCAUGGCUUUCACCAGCCACCAGGCUUUGGGUUCCAGAACCAUAGCGUUCCGUUCAACCAACCCGUCCUUCCUGCAAUAGUUUAUCUAUUCACCUCGUUGGAUGCUAAUCAUGAUCCGCAUUGGUCACCUUCCCCGGUGUGCCUACCAAAAGGUGUGUCACGUCAACCUCUGGCACGACAUUUCACGACGAAGAUUGGGUGGAAAACUGGAUUUUUGAACUAUGUUCAACUUCACGCUGAGGACUUUAAAAGUUAGAAGGUAGCGACUGCCAUAUGGAUAGUGCAAAAUUCACGAUUGAUGUCCUUUGAUAGCGGUGGUAACUAGGAGACUCCCUAGACGCACUGGAAAGGGAAGUUCCAAUCUUCCAAGGUUUGCGAACUUUGAAUGCACAAGCCCGAGGACCAGUGAAUCCAUAAUCAGCAUAUCAUCACGUAUGUCUCCUAUUAUUGAUACAGCCUUCAUGGGACCCGAAAAAAAGACCGUACGAGUCUUCCUGCACUAC